AUGUCACUUCUAAAUAUGUAUAUCUUAGGUGGGUGGACUGUGGCAUACACCGUUCCCAUCAACUAUGACAAUAACUGUUCGUGUGCAUUUAAUACAAAUUGCACAACUACAGCCAAGUUUUUUAACGUCAAUUCGUCAGAAAAGAUAUCGGUUGAAGGUUUUAGAAUGGGUUGCAUACCAUCAGAAUCAUUUUUUGCAUCGAAUCUUCAAUGUUUAUAUAAUUUAUCAUGUAUCAAUCUCAUUGAACAACAUAUUAACUACACAAAUACUGCAUCUAUGGUUGCACUUAAUUCGACAGAUCAAAGUCGGUUCUUGAUAAAUACAACCAUACAAGAUUUUUCCAAUGAUCUUUUCAUUGAAAAUUGGUCAACAAUCAUCAACUACCCAGUAUAUUUUGAUAUUUGUGCACCUGCUUAUUGUUCUUAUACUUCUACUGAACAAGUUAAUUCACUUUAUACAAAAACCUUUCUCCUGGGACUCUAUGGUGGACUGAGCGUUGUUCUCAAAUGGAUAUGUCCCACAAUGAUCUAUGUAAUAUUUCAAGCGUAUCAGUAUCGAAAGAAACGAUCAAAUAUCGUCAAAGCAACUACCGAAACAGACAAUGGAAUAAAUACUUCGAUCUAUUUUUCUAAUGGCAGUGUCCAGCCAGAAUCAAAACUUUCUUUAACACUGCUACGAUUCGUAUUCUUUGCUAUUUUACUGCUACUGUUUAUCGGUUUAGGUUUUCUCGGACCAAUCAUUUAUCUUCAUGCAAAAGAAGAUAAUCAGAUUUCUCAACAAAACACGAUCAGCACGAUAAUGGCUGAUAUGUCAACAAUAGUAACGUCAGCUGCCACUUCAUCAGCUACACCUUGUCAGUUAACAUUUCAACCUGCAAAGUCGUACUUUAUGGGCUCUAACGCAUAUCCAACGGGAAUUGCAGUCGGAAAUUUGAACGGUGAUGCAUACCGAGAUGUUGCAGUUGCAAACUUCCAAGCCGAUAAUAUACGUAUCUUAUUUGGUGAUAUUAAUGGAACUUUCCAAUCACAAAUGACAUUGUCCACUGGAUCGGGCAGCAGUCCACACUCAGUUAUUCUUAAUGACUUUAACGACGAUGGACAUCUAGAUAUUGCUACAGCGUGUACGGACAAUAGUAGUAUAGGUGUAUUUCUUAACUUGGGCAAUGGAAGCUUCGGAGAGCAAAUCAUAUUCUCGACUGCGCCUUACUGUGAACCGUUUUCACUUCUAGGUGAAGAUUUUAAUAAAGAUGGCAAACAAGACCUGAUUACUGCCGGUUACAGUUGGGAAAAUAUGGUUAUCCUCUUUGGUAACGGUGAUGGUACUUUUUCAGCAUUAAACCACUUGUCAAUUAGUAAUGUUGCUCAAAUAAUUGCAAGUGAUUUUAACCGCGAUGGAAUAUUAGAUCUCGCUGGAAUUUAUGGUUACUGUAACGGUGUAUUUAUAUGUUUUGGCACAGACUACGGAUACUAUAGCACACCAGUGAUGCUACCGACAGGACAGUAUAGUUGUCCUGCCUCUAUUGCUGUUGAUGACUUUAAUCAUGAUGAUUACUUCGAUUUGGCUGUUGCAAAUGAUCACAAAAAUAUUAUCAAUGUUUAUCUUGGUAACGGCGACGGAACUUUUCAAAAUCCCACGACAUACACAAUUGGGGGCUAUAGUAGUCCUCGAUGGAUCAGUGUCGGUGACUUUAACAAUGAUUAUCAAUCCGAUAUUGUUGUUGCAGAUACGAAUAGACAUAACAUUGGCAUAUUGACAGGCAUUGGUAAUGGGACUUUCCUACAGCAGAUCACGUUCUCGUUAACAAAACAUAGUAUUGCGUGCUGCUUUGAUGCAGGAGAUUUCAAUAAUGAUGGCAAACGAGACAUUGCUCUCGUCGAUACUUACAAUAAUACAAUAAUAAUCCUACUUAAUUCAUGCGAUUGCUGCUAA